UUAUACAGCGUAGAACCCACAGGAAGCCGCCCUCUAGAGAGAGAAAGGGAGAGAGCGAGGGGUUAAUCUCUUAUCAUGUGGGAGAGAGGAGAGAGGAGGGACAUGUCCCCCUCUUAAUCAGACGAACAUUGGAAGAAAGAGAGAGAGGGGAGAACGCGAGAUGGGUCUGUUAAAACUAUCUUCAGAUCCCUUUGCCCUUAAAGUUCCUUUUUCCGCAGUCAUCAUCCCUUCUUCUGCAACAUCUGACCUUUUCUUUUAGGUCAGGAGCUGACGCCUCCAUUUAACUCUGGUUAUUCUUUAGAUUUGGAGGUUUUGUUUCAAGAAUAAAGAACUCUGGUUAUUCUUUAGAUUUGGAGGUUUGUUUCAAGAAUAAAGAACCCUGGUUAGUCGUUAGAUUUGGAGGUUUUGUUUCAAGAAUAAAGGCAUGGAGGACGAGGCUAUCAAGCGGAACACCGAUUGUGUGUACUUCUUGGCGUCACCAUUAACCUGCAAAAAUGGAAGUGAAUGUGAAUUUCGCCAUAGUGAAAGUGCUAGGGUGAACCCCAGAGAUUGCUGGUUCUGGCUGAAUGGUAACUGCUUGAAUCCGAAAUGUGCGUUCAGGCAUCCGCCUCUUGAUGGCCUUUUGGGAACUACAGGAAUGCCAACAGCAAACUCAUCAGCACUUGCUUUACCUCCUUCAGUGCCAACCCAAACUCCUCUCCCUGCUGCUGCUGCUUCCACCAAGCAAAUUACCCCUUGCAUCUUCUUCCGAAAAAGGCUUUGCUUAAAGGGUGAUAAAUGCCCUUUCUUGCACAUAAACCCUUCGUCUUCAGGCAGCCAAGCUACACCGCCUUCUGUUAAAGCUGGCUCUACUGUAACAGAUCUUCCUCAGCCUCUUAAGGCACCCUCAAAUGCUAAUGGACCUGAGAUACCCAACAUUCAUCAGAGAAAUUCACCUAACUUUCCGUCAAAAAACUCUCCACCCAAGUUUACAAAGCCUUCACCUAAUUUGGUGAAGCUUUCUCCUCCUAAUUUUGCAAAGCCCUCUCCACCUAAAAAUACCUCACAAAACAGCACACCUGGAGGGAUUCCUCCCGUUUCGAAACCUGCCAUGGAUGUUGAAUCUUCCCCCCAAACUGGUGUUACAGUGAGGAAAGCUAUGGUGCACAUUGAUGAAUUUGGAAGAUCAAAGGCAACUAUUGCUCCAAUGAGCUGUGGGAACCUCAUUAACCGACUUCAAGUGCACCAUUCUCGUGGAUUGGAUUAUAAUGGCAGGGAACCAGGUGAGUUCUUUAGCGAAACUUCUCCUGGUUUUGAUGUUCUUGUUGAUGAGCAACGUGAAGAAUCAGAUUAUAAGGAUUUGGGACGAGGAAGGCGCAUAAGUUCUCUGCAUGCAUUCAGUUACCCUCAGUCCUCGCAUGUUGAUUGGAAUGCUAAUCCAGACAGAGAAGCUCGAACCCCACUAGAUAGAGAAACACGGGGCCAUAUCAAUGCAUACGAUUCACAUGGGAGGGCGAGGGAUUGGUUGGGAAGGGAGCAAAGUGGGGCCUCUAUUGAGAAAAACAUAGAGAGGAGGCCUUCCGUUGUGUCAGAGAGGAGGAUAGUAAGAGAGGAGAGCCCUGAUAGAGUGGACACAUUCGAUUUGCGCCAGCAAAUUUCAAAGCGAAGAAAAGUUAAUGGGUCAAGAUCAGUGGUUAGCCCUUCGAGAGGGCACGGUGAGAUGCAUCAAAGGGAAGAAGGCUUGCUUGAAGAGCAAAAGUUCCCUCGACCACUCCCUCAUAGGGACCAGCCCCAUAUCUCAAGUGAAACCACAGUGAGCCGGCGGCUCCAAGGUAGGCUCAAGCUACCUAGAAAGUCUUCGCCAGAAUUUCAUCAGGAAACGAGUUUGGAUAUCAGGGCAAGAGGGCCACAAAGCAACCCUAGUGGUUUUAUUGGAAGAAAUCAUGAGAGAUUGAAAAGGAGGCUUCCUGAGGUUAAUACUAUGGAGGGGAAAGAUUCGGUGGUCAAAGGUAAUGAAACCAGUAGCCAUUCUUUUAAUUUUGCUGGACCAAAGAGCCUUGCAGAGCUCAAAAGUGGGAAAGUUUCAGAUAGGGUUAAGAGUGAGGUUGUUGUAGGAGAAGAGAGUGCAAAGUUAGGGAAGGGUUUGUCUCAAGAAUCUGUUGGUUCUCUACCUUUUGAUGGCCCGAAGCCUUUGAGCAUGAUUUUGAAGGAAAAGAGGGAAAUGGGUUCAGGGAAUCCUGUGCUUCCAAGAAAACCUGAUGAAGCAACAGAGGUUGACAUAGAAGAGAGAACUCUAGCAGAGAAAGAGGGAACUCAGGUAGAGGGAGAAGGCACUCAUGUUUAUGAGAACCAGUCACCAGAAUCAGAGAAAGAGGAAAACACUUCUCCGAACGGUUGUAGAGAAGAACUCAAAGCCACAAUCCCUGGACGAACUGCAGAAACUGUAGAAUCAGAAAUACGUUUAAUCAGUGAUGGGCUCUCAUCACCACAAAGAAGAGAUGAUGUGGAGAUGAUUGAUGCUGAGGAAGACCCAGAAGGUGAAGCUUAUGAUCAGAGAGAAGGGGAAUCCGAUUAUGGGGCAUUAGAAGGGAGAGACUGGAAAAUGGGAGAAGAAAAUGCAGAUGAUAAUGCAGACCAAGAUGAUGAUUACUUGGAUGAUGAAGAUGGAGAUGACUUUGCCAGAAGGCUCGGGGUCAUGUUCUCUUAAAUUUAUAUCGAGAGACUUCAAAGCUAUUUAAUUUAAUUUACUGAUAUGCAAAUGUUUGCUUGCUCUAAAGAACAUCCCUGAUGUUGGCUUCUGUAUUUAACGGAAGACCUUUUUUUUUUGGCUGCUGAAUUUUAGGCUCACCAAGAACUGAUGUUGGAAGAGUUUAAAACUCUUGAGUUGUAUUGUUAUUGUAUUAGUUUGUUUUAAUGGCCUUUGGGAAAUUUAAAUUUAUGUAAACAAGUAGUGGAUCAGAAAUUUGAGGUGGAGUUUAAUUGCCCCA